AAACGAGACCAAAGCAUUUAACUUGACGUGGCAAAGCAUCAUAAUGUAGGUGUGGCUUAGUAUUGUCAACAUCCUGAUGACAUAACUACAUUACCAAAAUGGCGACAGUGGAUCGUGGAGAAGGUCAGGAUGAUCCAGAGAGCGAUGAUGAGGUUUAUGAGGUGGUGGACCUGACAGAAUAUGCCCGAAGGCACCAGUGGUGGAGUAGGGUGUUUGGGAACAACUCAGGCCCGAUUGCUGAGAAGUAUUCUGUAGCUACUCAGCUCAUGAUGGGAGGGGUGACUGGAUGGUGUGCUGGUUACCUCUUCCAGAGAGUUGGGAAGAUAGCUGCUACUGCUGUUGGUGGAGGUUUCCUUCUUUUGCAGAUUGCCAAUCACAGUGGUUAUGUGAAGGUGGACUGGAAGAAGGUAGAGAAGGAUGUAAAUAAAGCGAAGAAGCACCUGAAGAAGAAGGCAAACAAAGCAGCCCCUGAAAUAAACACAUUCAUUGAGGAGGUAAAGGCCACAGACUUUAUAAAGAGGAACAUCGUCUUGUCCAGCGGAUUCGUUGGUGGCUUCUUUCUGGGUUUGGCCUCCUAAAGCUGCUGCUGCAGAUGCUGCCGUCCCCACUUACUGUGAAUCACAUCAUGACUUAUCAUCACUUUCCUCUCCAUGAUUUACUGUUUGGCCCUGUGUUUGCAUUGAUUUGUCUCUAAAUGGACCAGACAUGGGGUGUUUAUUUUGAACAUUAAAGCAUGACCUAUUGUGACAGUGGUAUUAGCUGUGUUCUACUCACCCUAUUUUAAAUCAGCCCUAGCUAAUUGUUUUUUGUAGGGAGGAUUAAGUGCACGUUGUGAAGUGUAGGGGUGCAGUACACAAUUGGGGUUCUUGGAUUCUACUGUGAAGAUUCUCUUCUGUGGGACCCGUCAUGGAUCUUUGCCAGACAAUUGAAUAUGCACCCCAACUAGCACAAGUUUUUCUUUGGUGUCCAUGCCCCUGUGCAUUUGCCUGGCAGAUGCUGAUUUCAGAUUGUCACAAGUUGGCUUGUGUGGGUGCUGUUGUAAAUAUAAAGCCAAGCCCUUUUCAGAGUCGUAUAUACCCACACGAGUAAAUAUUAUAUAACGACAUGGAAGGAGCAGAGUGGGAAGGUAACACCAUCCCCCAGUCUAGUGCUGAGAUGUAUUUUUAAGUAGCUGUGAAGUUCAGUGAGUUUAUAUGCUGUUUAAGCAUAUAAGUAAACCCAAAUGAGUUUUUAAAGUUUGAAACACUGGCUGGGGGUUUAAACUGUUACAGUUCCACACUGAGCAGGAGUUCUUAUUGAUAUACAACACAUAUCAUGAGCAUAAAUCACAGCUAACUUGUUAUGCUCUAAACUGACUACAAGGAGUAUUAACUACAGAUUCUUAUUUCUCAUAAUCCUCAGCUUCACAGUGCCCUUUAAUGAAUGACAGGACAAGUAUCUGCUGUACCCUAAUUUUGACCAUCACAAGCUGCACACCAAAAGUCACCAGUCCUGUCAUUAAAGAGCAUAAUGGAGCAGCGACCGACUCCUACGCCCUCGCCAUUGUGCAUUUAGUGUCAGUAUAGCCAUAACACAACAGUGAUACUGCCGAGUUGUGUGCCAUUACAUUAUCCAGAUUUCCAGGACAUUCACACAUAGGAAUCUAGUUAAUUGUUAGUUAUUGAUCACAAGCAGCUAAUUUUGCCUUUUUUUUUAACCAGUGCAAUAUACAGUAUUGUUUGUUGGGGUUUUUUAGGUUGUGUUUUCAGUUGGCCUUUUUUAUGUUCCCUUUGCUUUGUUUCUGUUCAGUCUUUUUGGUAACUGAGCUGUAUGGAUUUUGCUCAGUGUCAUUUGAAAUAAAUAUGCCUGAUUUAAAUAUGUUUCUGGUAGUUGUCUGCAUGAGUGAAUGAAAUUUGGUUUUGGAGGGGGACUAAAAUGUGCGUCUCCAAGUUGUUUUUAGAGAGUAUACAAAU